UUCCGACGUACUCAUCAUUGGUUCGUGGCAAGUCGCUGUGUCCGAUCACGUUCAUCAUUCUUCCUUUCUCUGAGUGUACGCCAUUCUUGGCGUUUGGAAUUUUUAUUUGUUAAAGAAAAUCGACAAUCAUCCAAGAUGGUGAACUUUACAGUAGACGAAAUUCGUGUCAUGAUGGACAAAAAGAAGAAUAUCCGUAAUAUGUCCGUCAUAGCUCAUGUAGAUCAUGGAAAAUCUACUUUAACCGAUUCUCUUGUUUCAAAAGCCGGUAUUAUUGCUGGAGCCAAAGCCGGAGAAACUCGAUUCACCGAUACCAGAAAGGAUGAACAGGAAAGAUGUAUUACAAUUAAAUCAACUGCCAUCUCUAUGUACUUCGAACUCGAAGAUAAAGAUUUAGCAUUCAUCACUAACCCAGACCAACGGGAAAAAACAGAAAAGGGUUUCUUAAUUAAUUUAAUUGAUUCACCCGGUCACGUUGACUUCUCAUCAGAAGUAACAGCUGCUCUUCGUGUAACUGAUGGAGCCCUUGUUGUUGUGGAUUGUGUAUCAGGUGUAUGUGUACAAACAGAAACCGUACUCCGUCAAGCUAUUGCUGAACGUAUCAAGCCCGUACUUUUCAUGAACAAAAUGGACCGUGCUUUAUUAGAACUUCAACUUGAUUCUGAAGAACUAUAUCAAACUUUCCAACGUAUUGUUGAAAACGUAAACGUUAUCAUUGCUACAUACUCUGAUGAUAAUGGACCCAUGGGUGAAGUACGUGUAGAUCCAAGCAAAGGUUCAGUAGGUUUCGGAUCUGGUCUCCAUGGUUGGGCCUUCACUCUUAAACAAUUCGCUGAAAUGUAUGCCGAAAAAUUCAAAAUUGAUACCGUAAAACUUAUGAACCGUUUAUGGGGUGAAAGCUUUUUCAAUCCAAAAACAAAGAAAUGGUCCAAACAAAAGGAAGCCGACAAUAAACGUUCAUUCUGCAUGUACAUCUUAGAUCCUAUUUACAAAGUUUUCGAUAGUAUAAUGAAUUUCAAAAAAGAUGAAUGUGAACAAUUACUUGGAAAAUUAGGUGUUGUUCUUAAACACGAAGAUAAAGAUAAAGAUGGAAAAGCUUUAUUGAAAGUAGUUAUGCGAACCUGGUUGCCAGCUGGUGAAGCUUUACUUCAGAUGAUAGCCAUCCAUUUACCAUCUCCAGUAGUCGCUCAAAGAUAUCGUAUGGAAAUGUUGUACGAAGGUCCACUUGACGAUGAAGCAGCUAUGGGUAUUAAGAAUUGUGACCCCAACGCACCUCUUAUGAUGUACGUAUCAAAAAUGGUACCGACUUCAGAUAAAGGACGUUUCUACGCUUUCGGUCGUGUAUUCUCUGGUAAAGUAUCAACUGGUAUGAAAGCACGUAUCAUGGGUCCAAAUUAUACUCCUGGUAAAAAAGAAGAUUUAUAUGAAAAAGCUAUCCAACGUACAAUUCUUAUGAUGGGUCGUUAUGUAGAAGCUAUUGAAGAUGUACCAUCUGGUAACAUUUGUGGUCUUGUCGGUGUAGAUCAAUUCUUGGUUAAAACUGGAACAAUCACCACAUUCAAAGACGCACACAAUUUACGUGUCAUGAAAUUCAGUGUAUCACCUGUUGUACGUGUUGCUGUUGAACCCAAAAACCCAGCUGAUUUACCAAAACUUGUAGAAGGUUUAAAACGUCUUGCAAAAUCAGAUCCUAUGGUACAAUGUAUCAUUGAAGAAUCUGGUGAACACAUUAUUGCUGGUGCCGGAGAAUUACAUCUUGAAAUUUGUUUGAAAGAUCUUGAAGAAGAUCAUGCAGGUAUUCCAAUCAAGAAAUCCGAUCCAGUUGUAUCAUAUCGUGAAACAGUAUCCGAAGAAUCAAAUCAAAUGUGCUUGUCCAAAUCACCAAACAAACAUAACCGUUUGUUCAUGAAAGCUUGCCCCAUGCCUGAUGGUUUACCAGAAGAUAUUGACAACGGCGAAGUAAAUCCACGUGAUGACUUCAAACAACGUGCCCGUUAUCUUGGUGAAAAAUACGAUUAUGAUGUAACUGAAGCACGUAAAAUCUGGUGUUUCGGACCUGACGGAACUGGACCAAAUAUUUUAGUAGAUUGUACUAAGGGAGUUCAAUAUCUUAAUGAAAUCAAGGAUUCCGUUGUUGCUGGUUUCCAAUGGGCUUCUAAAGAAGGUGUACUUUCUGAAGAAAAUUUACGUGGUGUCCGAUUUAACAUUUAUGAUGUUACACUUCAUGCUGAUGCCAUCCACAGAGGUGGUGGUCAAAUCAUUCCUACAACACGUCGUUGCCUCUACGCUUGUUUAUUAACAGCUUCACCAAGACUUAUGGAACCUGUAUAUCAAUGUGAAAUUCAAUGUCCUGAAUUAGCCGUUGGUGGUAUUUAUGGAGUAUUGAAUAGAAGACGUGGUCACGUAUUCGAAGAAAUGCAAGUAGCUGGUACACCUAUGUUCGUUGUAAAAGCUUACUUACCUGUCAAUGAAUCAUUCGGAUUCACAGCCGAUUUACGUUCCAAUACCGGUGGACAAGCUUUCCCACAAUGUGUGUUUGAUCAUUGGCAAGUACUUCCUGGUGAUCCCCUUGACACCGCAACCCGACCAUACACUGUAGUACAAGAAACACGUAAACGAAAGGGAUUAAAAGAAGGUCUACCAGAUCUUACACAAUAUUUGGAUAAACUAUAAGCUCUAAUAAAUUUUAGGCUAUAUAUUUAAAAAAAUUCACUUUCAAUUUAAAAUCAUUUCUUUAUCCAAUUAAAAAUAUAUAACUUUCAAAAAAAAUCAACACCGGGUUCAUAAUUCUUUUUAUUUAUCGAAGACUU